UGAGUAAAUCAUUCAGUCAUCUUAUAUUCCCACUUUCUAAAGGAGUUGCGUAAAUUUUAAGAACAUAUUUGUAGUCUGUCUCAGUAGAGACCGUAGAGACGAUACCUCUGACAUCCAGCGACUGCGCCAAGCACUAUGGAGGCUCCACCGUACAGCCGAACGCCACCAGCGAACAACUUCAUGCUUCUGACAUCCCUGGCCGGUGGCAACAGUGGCGGAAACGUCCAGGAGCUUUUCCACGAGAAUGUGCAGGGGUCCCAGAGCCAGGCCUUUCCCUGGUGGAAGGUGAACCUCUUCGUUUGGGAGCCGGUGCUGUUUGGGACCUGGGAUGGGGUCUUCACCACUUGCAUGAUCAACAUUUUUGGCGUGGUUCUGUUUCUGCGGACUGGCUGGCUCGUGGGAAACACAGGCGUGCUGCUGGGAAUGCUCCUGGUGUCCCUGGUGGUUCUGGUGGCCCUGGUGACGGUGAUGUCGGGGAUCGGCGUGUGCGAACGCUGCAGUGUGGGCGGAGGCGGGGUCUACUCCAUGAUCUCCACGGUCCUGGGGGGCCGAGUGGGAGGGACGGUCGGGCUCCUCUACGUGUUUGGGCAGUGCGUUGCAGGCGCCUUGUACAUCACCGGCUUCGCCGAGUCCAUCGCCCAGGUGCUGAACCUGAGCGGGGCGUGGGUGGUGCGGGCCAUCUCCGUGGCGGUGCUCCUGGGCCUGCUCGGGAUCAACCUGGCCGGGGUCAAGUGGAUCAUUCGGCUGCAGCUGCUGCUCCUUGCCGUCCUGGCCGUCUCCACCCUGGACUUCGUCGUGGGGAGCUUCUCCCACCUUGACCCAGAACAUGGCUUUGUUGGAUAUUCUGAGGAGCUGCUGCAAAGAAACUCGCUGCCAGAUUACACAACAGGAGAGACCUUCUUCACUGUGUUUGGAGUUUUCUUUCCGGUUGCCACAGGCGUGAUGGCGGGCUUCAACAUGAGCUCAGACCUCCAGAGACCGGAGCAGAACAUCCCGCUGGGAACGCUGGCCGCGGUCUUCAUUUCGUGGUUCCUGUAUCUUAUCUUUGUGUUUCUGCUGGGGGCCAUUUGCACCAGGGAGGCUCUACGCUAUGAUUUCUUAAUAGCAGAAAAGGUCUCCUUGGUGGGUUUCCUGUUUCUCCUGGGCCUCUACGUCUCCUCUCUGGCGUCUUGCAUGGGUGGCCUGUACGGGGCCCCCCGGAUCCUGCAGUGCAUCGCGCAGGAGCGGGUCAUCCCCGCCCUCGGCUUCCUGGCACACGGGAAAGGUCCCAACAAGACUCCCGUGGCAGCCAUUUGCCUUACCAGCCUGGUGACCAUGGCCUUUGUCUUCAUCGGUCAGGUCAAUGUCCUGGCCCCAAUUGUCACCAUCAACUUCAUGAUGACAUACAGCAUCAUCGAUUACUCCUACUUCUGUGUGGCCAUGACCUACAAUCUUCAGGUUAAGGAGCAAAGGCAUCCCACAAGGGAGGCCUCUGCUCAUGGUGCCAGUAGACCACUCAUCAACAUUGACCACUCGGGGUAUGGAACAGGCGAUAUCAUGAAGAACCAAAGUAAUGGGACACUGCUUGAGUUCACCAGGGACUUGGACCAGAUUCUUCAACCACCCAGCCCCUUAAAGGAGGAGACCUGGAAGACCUCCUCUUUCACCCAGCGGGAAAGGAGGUCGAGGGCACCCCCAAAACAAACACUGAUGGACAGCUUUGGGUUUUGGUCUGAUGGGCCUUCAGAUACAGAACAUGGUAAAAGCUUAGGCGAUCAGAGGAUGUUGGUGACUAUUGAUGAAGCUCAUCGUCUUGAUGGUGCUCAACCUCAAAGUGAACUACUGGAAGAAUCUUCAGAAAAAGCCUCUCAACAAGGCCAAGAAUUAGGAACAUGGCAAGAGAAGAGGUCUUCGUUCUGUUCCUCCUCCCCUGAGCUAAAUUAUACACCAGACCCUGUACUGGAACCUUCAGAUUCUGCCCCCAAACCAAAACCACAGGGGUCAGAAAUUCGUUUAAUGCCCAAGUCAAUUUAUUCCGCAUUCUGCAACCAAUGGAUGGCACUUAUUGGCGCAUUCUUCUCCAUAUUGAUAAUGUUUGUUAUACAGUGGGUAUAUGCCUGCAUCAACAUUGUAGUCGCCAUUAUCCUCUUCCUCUACAUUGGACAAGCAAGCCCUGGUCUGCCAAUAGGAGCAGCCGCUCGGUUCUGUUUCUUCCGAUGGGUACGGUCCUCCAUGAAGAAAGUGGGCAGGAAGGAACCAACCCUCCAGGACCAGAUCGUGCUAACGCCCUCGUUUCUGGCUGUUGGCAUGGAAACCCGACAACUGACGGAGGACAACGCUGACUUUGCCUCACGUGACAGAUAUCACCACUCCUCCUUCAUUAGUGCAGAUGAAUUUGCCAACAGACUUAAAUAGUCAAUCCACGCUUUUUAUUGAUUCCCCUGUCCAUGUCACUGUCCCAAGAAAAAAAAAAA